GUGUGUGACACGGCCAUCCGUGCCCGGGAGCGGCAGCAGGGGCAGCAGCUGCAGGAAGGCAGGCGGGGCGGGACCGUCGGCAGCCAGGCCAGGCCAGCAGGGCAGCACCCCCAGCACCCCCAGCACCCUCAGCACCCCCACCGCCACCAUGGUGAAGAUCGUGAAGGUGCAGACCAAGGCGUACCCGGACCAGAAGCCCGGCACCAGUGGGCUGCGCAAGCGGGUCCGGGUCUUCCAGGAGAGCGCCCACUAUGCCGAGAACUUCAUCCAGAGUAUCCUGGCCACGGUGGAGCCGGCGCAGCGGCCCGAGGCCACGCUGGUGGUGGGGGGCGACGGCCGCUUCUACAUGCAGGAGGCCAUCCAGCUCAUCGUGCGCAUCGCCGCGGCCAACGGGAUUGGAAGAUUAGUGAUUGGGCAGAAUGGCAUUCUCUCCACCCCGGCCGUGUCCUGCAUCAUUAGGAAAAUCAAAGCCAUUGGUGGAAUCAUUCUGACAGCCAGUCAUAACCCUGGGGGCCCUAAUGGUGACUUCGGAAUCAAGUUUAACAUUUCCAAUGGAGGACCGGCUCCCGAAGCCAUCACGGAGAAAAUCUUCCAGAUCAGUAAGACAAUCGAAGAGUAUGCCAUCUGUCCAGACUUGAAAGUCGACCUCAGUGUCCUUGGGAAGCAGCAGUUUGACUUGGAGAACAAGUUCAAACCAUUCACAGUGGAAAUUGUGGAUUCGGUGGACGCUUAUGCCAACAUGCUGAGAAACAUCUUUGACUUCAAUGCCCUCAAGGAGCUGCUCUCGGGCCCCAACAGGCUCAAAAUUCGCAUUGAUGCCAUGCAUGGAGUUGUGGGGCCGUAUGUUAAAAAGAUCCUGUGUGAGGAACUUGGUGCCCCUGCAAAUUCAGCUGUCAACUGUGUCCCUCUGGAGGACUUUGGGGGCCACCACCCUGACCCCAACCUGACCUACGCAUCUGAUCUGGUGGAGACCAUGAAGAGCGGAGAGCAUGACUUUGGUGCUGCCUUUGAUGGAGAUGGGGAUCGAAACAUGAUUCUUGGAAAACAUGGAUUCUUCGUUAACCCUUCCGACUCUGUGGCUGUCAUUGCUGCCAACAUCUUCAGCAUUCCUUACUUUCAGCAAACAGGGGUCCGGGGCUUUGCCCGCAGCAUGCCCACCAGUGGCGCCCUGGACCGGGUGGCCAACGCUACAAAGAUCACUUUGUAUGAAACUCCAACGGGCUGGAAGUUUUUUGGGAAUCUGAUGGAUGCAAACAAACUGUCUCUCUGUGGGGAGGAAAGCUUCGGGACGGGCUCUGACCACAUCCGCGAGAAAGAUGGCCUGUGGGCCGUCCUGGCUUGGCUCUCCAUCAUCGCCAACCGCAAACAGAGUGUGGAAGACAUCCUGAAGGAUCACUGGCAGAAAUUUGGGCGGAACUUUUUUACCAGGUACGACUAUGAAGAGGUGGACUCCGAGGGCGCCAACAAGAUGAUGAAAGACCUGGAGGCCCUGAUGUUCAAUCGCUCCUUUGUGGGCAGGAAGUUUACCGUGGGGGACAAGGUUUACACUGUGGAGAAGGCGGAUAACUUUGAGUACAGUGACCCGGUGGAUGGAAGCAUUUCAAGAAACCAGGGCUUACGGAUCAUUUUUGCUGACGGUUCUCGAAUCAUCUUCCGGCUAAGUGGGACGGGCAGUGCUGGGGCCACGAUUCGACUGUACAUUGAUAGCUAUGAGAAGGAGGCGCCCAAGAUCUACCAGGAUCCCCAGGUCAUGUUGGCCCCUCUCGUUUCCAUUGCCCUGAAGGUCUCCCAGCUCCAGGAAAGAACUGGCCGCUCUGCACCCACCGUCAUCACAUAAGCUCUUGUCUGGAGCUUCGCGUCCUGCCACACCGGCGCCUCCGUGCUAUGUGGUUUUAAAAACAAGAGAAAAUUAUGUUUUUACUCAGGCUUUUUAUUAUCAGUGUUUUCCCCCAAGAUGUUAAUGUAUGUUGACACGGUACUAGAAACAGAAAAAAGUAGAAGCUGUUGUGCUGUGGGUGUGAGCGAUUCCAUUGCCCUCUCCCCUCUUAUGUCCUGCAGAUGAAGAGGGGUAGAGCAUUGGCUAGAGUACUUGGCUUGGAGGCAGGAAAGUCCUGAGUUUGAAUCCUACCUCUGAUAUUUACUAAUUAUGUGACCUUGGACAAAUCCUUUCCUCCGUCAGGGCCUCAAGGACUUCCUUGGCCCUCAUCUGCAAAGUCUGAGGUGGGUUGUGACCUCUCCUGGUGAAGGGACUUUGCAUACCAGGGAGGUCCCACAGGAAUGAAAUCCAUUCUUUUCUUCAGUCCAGCACACUUGUGCAUGGGAUCAAAGACCUAGACAGGAAAGGACUGUGGGUCAUUAGCUAAUCCAAGCCUUUCCAACAUUACCGAUGAAAAGAUGGAGGCCGAGGGAGGGCAUGGGCGCUAAGCCUCAGAGGUGGAGUUUGACUACAGCUUGAUGGAUGUUGAGCUGCCUUUUGCCAUAGGACAAGCUCUGCUGAACCCUUGGGCACCCACGGUCUUCCCUUCACUGUCACAUUUCCCAGUGAGUUAAUCAAAUCAUGUGGCUUCUGGUGUUCCUUCCUGAGCAUGGGGGAACCACCUCAAUUUCCCUUUCUGGUUCUUGUCUGGAAGUGCCACGUUGACAUCAUGAUUUCAGGUGCCUUCUCCUCAAUCAGUGUUGAUUAAUUCCCACCGUGUUUCCUAUCAUUUGCUCACACAAGUAUGGCCAGAUAUUAAACAGAAUUGGGUCCUCUUGCCUGA